UACACCGUCGGCUGCAUAACAAUAAGAAAAAAAUCCAUGCAGCGUUGUACAGUACAUAAACAGUAGCGACGAUUUUAAAGUUUUUAAAAAUAAAUAUUUUAGUGUGAUUUUUAUUUAUUAGUGUCAUUUAGAUAUAAACCUGUAGAAAAAAUGGAUCCCGAGGCAUUCCUGGACAUGGCUAAUCAAGUCAUUAAAUUAAAAAUGUUCCCGUACUUCGACAUCGCUAACUGUGUACUUUGCGCGCUGCACGUCAAAGAAGAUUUAGGACCCGGGGCUCAUGCAUUUUCCAGAAAACACCCUUUAUCAUGUUGGCUCUCCACAAUGUUAGUCGUUUUUUCUAGUGGAAUGUUGUGCAAUGGAUUAUUGGGAGAACCUAUUUUAGCACCAUUAAAAAAUACACAACAAGUUGCUCUUGCUACCGUUGUCUGGUACUUAAUAUUUUAUACUCCUUUCGAUAUCGGAUAUAAAAUUGCCAAAUUUUUGCCAGUGAAAAUAAUUUGUUCCGCUAUGAAAGAAAUAUAUAGGUGUAAAAAAGUUUACGAUGGUGUAUCUCACGCUGGAAAAUUAUAUCCAAACGCAUAUUUAAUAAUGAUUCUCAUUGGAACGCUCAAAGGAAAUGCUGCUGGUUUCAUCAAGUUAUUUGAGCGACUUAUUCGAGGAGUUUGGACUCCAACCGCUAUGGAAUUCAUGCAACCAAGCUUCCCUACGAAAGCAUCGGUGGUUGCCUCCAUUAUUUUCGUUUUAGAUAAAAAGACUGACCUUAUCUCUGCACCUCAUGCAUUAGUGUACUUUGGAAUUGUUAUCUUCUUUGUCUACUUUAAGUUGUCAUCAAUUUUAUUGGGAAUUCACGAUCCAUUCGUACCUUUCGAAAAUUUGUGCUGCGCCCUCUUCCUUGGAGGAAUUUGGGAUUCGUUAGCAAAACUAUUCGGUCGUGGCCAAGCCAAAGAUGAAAAAGCAGAUCCCAAGAAAACUAAUUAAUGUGAGCGACAACAUUUUACCAAAAUGUCUCAACAGAAAAAAAUCUGAAAACUAAAUCUAGUCAUCUACCUAAAGUGCAAUAAUUUGUAUAUAAAAACGAUUCUAUCACAAGAUGAAAACAACAAAAGGGGUUUAAGCAAUAAUAAAUUAUUGCUAGCAUAAUAAAAUAGUAUUACACCCAUCGAUCUUGCAUAAUAUUAUAUACAAUAUAAUAUAUAUUGUAUAUAUUUAUAUACAAUAAUCUACAUUAUUUCAUAAUAUUGUAAAAUACUAAAAAGAAAAGGAAACAAUUAAGUACCAAAGUAUUCUAUAUAAAUUUAUAAUGAAAAAAAAAUCUCUUGCCCUGUCAAACUUUUAUCAAAUUUGCUAAUCAACAAUAUUACAAUAUACAAUUUUAAUAUUUUAUACAAAAUAUACUAGCUAUACGUCACAAAUUAAAUAUAUAUAUAUAUAUUUAAUCAGCAAUCAGGGUGUUGAAAGUUGCUUAAAACACGAUAGGUGUGUUUUUGUACCUCGUUUGUAUUAAAAGUUUGAUGAGCAAUUGAAAUUACAUAAAUUUUUCGAAAUGUGCAAUCAUUUUAAAUAGAAAAAUUGUAUGAAAUGGUAUAUUUAUUGACUGACAUUGUGCAAUCGCUAAAAAAAAAGUAUUAUUGACAUAAUUGUAUUUUAAAAGAAAUUUUUUAAGUAUUGAUAAAUUUUAGCGUUCUGCAUAUACUGUAAUACUAACUACAGAUUAUAUUUAUAAAGACGAAUGAAAGGAUAUUCAUAUUCAUCUGCAAAUAAUGUAGAAUUGUUUGUAAUUUUUUUUUAAGUGUGUGAUUAAUUCUUAACUAUCAAGUGUUCAUUUUACAAUUGACAAAGAAAUUUGUUAAUUCAAAAAAAGUAAUCGCAAUUUUAAUUUUAAUUUUUAUGGAAAUGUUAAUUUUAAGUGCUUUUUAAAUGAUAAGAUGAAUUUUUAAAUCUUCCUGACAUCUUCCAAAAGAUUAACCUGGUAUUUUUCAGUGUUUUCCAAGUUUGGUGAACUGAUGAGUAAUUUUAUAAAGAGAACAUAGUAGGAAAAAAUAUUUACUAAUUAAUGUUCAUUCUGUUCAUCUUCCUUUUUAUUGUAUAUAUAAAUACAUUGUUUUAAAUUUUUUUUAUCACAACCUGUUGAGUAAUAAGCAUGUUUGUUAUGUUAUGAUUCAACUGGUUAAUUCUUGGCCUUUUUUUAAGUAUUUGCUAUGUUGAAAUUAUAUUAUUAUUAUUAUAAUUUAGUGUUCUAUUUAUAAGAAAUUAAAAUUUACUUUUGUAAAAGUAAAGAAGAAUGUUGAAUUCACCAAAUUAUCCUAU